CCGCGCUGAGCCGAGUGUCUCCCCCGCAGCUCAACAUCUCCUUCCCGGCCACGGGCUGCCAGAAGCUCAUCGAGGUGGACGAUGAGCGCAAGCUGCGCACCUUCUAUGAGAAGCGCAUGGCCACCGAGGUGGCGGCCGACUCGCUGGGCGAGGAGUGGAAGGGAUACGUGGUGCGCAUCAGCGGCGGCAACGACAAGCAGGGCUUCCCYAUGAAGCAGGGCGUCCUCACGCACGGCCGCGUGCGCCUGCUGCUCAGCAAGGGCCACUCCUGCUACCGCCCGCGCAGGACCGGCGAGCGCAAGCGCAAGUCCGUGCGCGGCUGCAUCGUGGACGCCAACCUCAGCGUGCUCAACCUGGUCAUCGUGAAGAAAGGUGAAAAAGAUAUUCCUGGACUGACAGACACAACCGUGCCCCGUCGCCUUGGUCCCAAAAGGGCCAGCAGAAUCCGCAAGCUCUUCAACCUCUCCAAGGAAGAUGAUGUUCGCCAGUAUGUUGUGAGGAAACCUCUGAACAAAGAGGGCAAGAAACCUAGGACCAAGGCUCCUAAGAUCCAGCGCCUAGUGACCCCUCGAGUUCUGCAACACAAGCGCAGACGUAUYGCCCUGAAGAAGCAGCGCACCCAGAAGAACAAGGAGGAAGCAGCGGAAUAUGCUAAGCUCUUGGCCAAGAGAAUGAAGGAGGCCAAGGAAAAACGCCAGGAGCAGAUUGCCAAGAGGCGCCGGCUUUCUUCAUUGAGAGCUUCUACAUCUAAAUCUGAGUCAAGUCAGAAGUAAAGAUGUACAUGAUAAUAAAUGCCUUUUGUGGUUAACUUUCACCAUGAGACUUUACAGUCCAUCUCGUCACUGGUCAUUUUUUAAAAUCAUUUUUCUGGACAAACUGCAUUAUACAGACUAUGUUAGGACAGGAAUUGUUGCCCUUGAUGAAAUUCUUUUUUGACAGGAUGUAAUAAUCUUCAUGCAUUUGGUGAAAAUAGCAAAGUUAUGAUAGUCUCAAGUAUAAGAUAGUAAAAACCUGUAGCCUUCAUCUUAUUUGGGGAAGACUUGAGUGYAUUUUAAUGCUCUCCUCCUGAAAACAGAACUAAAGUCUGUUGAGGAGUAAGCCACAUAUUAAAAGGUUUGAUGGUGGUAUUUCACUUAAAUGUUAAAACUUUGCA